AUGACGCCAUUGUUGAGGCUCUAUGCCAAGAGUGCGGGGGUGGCGCAAACCCAAGAUUGCCCACUGUCCACACCCAUCAAGGAGUCACGCCCACACCCUCACCACAAUCCCUUCGGCUGUUCCCGCGAUUCACAACCUCCGCCACCGAAAGAUUUACUCUAUGAUAUUUUAACUGAGAUAGGUAGUGGAGACGGCCAAAUUAAGCCCGAAUGGGUAGCGGAGCCAAUCAUCAAUGAAGAAAUCCCUGCACGGAGAUAA